CCGAUCAAUCCCAACAAUCUCCACAACCAAGCCUAGCUCAAUUACUCAUCAUCUGACAUUCACACACAAAGCUUUCUUGCAUUCCAAGGAAACCAACCCACCAACCAUUUUUGUAAUGGAGAGUGUUAGAGAAUUGGCUUCAGAGAAGGCAGCAGUGAUCUUCACCAAGAGCUCAUGCUGCAUAUGCCACAGUGUCAAGUCGCUUUUCUACGAGCUCGGUGCAAGCCCUGCUAUUCACGAGAUUGAUCGAUACUCAAAUGGGAGGGACAUGGAGUCAGCGUUAAGGCAGCUCGGGUGCAACCCUUCUUUCCCUGCUGUGUUCAUAGGUGGGAAGUAUGUAGGCUCUUCAAAGGAUAUCAUAUCCCUCCAUGUUGAUGGGUCUCUAAAGCAAAUGCUCAAAGAUGCAAGAGCCAUCUGGUUCUAGCUAUCCAGCUAUGUGUUAUACUAAUUACACAGAAACCAAGCUAUAUGAAUAUGCUUGUUAAUGUGCUGUUAAUUAGCUCUGUAUGUAAACACAGAAACUAGCCCCAGUACCAUGCUUAUUACGGAA